CGCAGGUGGCCCCCUACUCCCGGUUGUGGCGGUUCUUCGGGAUCAGCCUCUCAUAGGAGACUGCACUUUUAACUCCCGAGGGCGAUGCGCUCCGGUGCAGCCGUCAGGGCCGGCCAGAAAGUCUGCAGGUGCCUGUUGUCUGGGUAUAGUCGAGUAGAUGGGGGGCAGCCGGAGCAGUUGACGGGAGGGAGCGGCUCCUUCGUAGGGCCCUUGAGGUCGCACGCGGAGCUGCCCCCGGUGAGCGAGCCGAGAGAAGGCCCCGAGUCUGGCGGCGAGGAGAGCGAGGCGCUGGUAGAGAUCUGUCAGAAAAGGCGUUUCCUCAGUGGCACCAAGCGACAGCUUAGUCGAGAUUCUCUUCUGAGCGGGUGCCACCCCGGCCUUGGCCCCUUGGGCAUAGAGUUGCGGAAGAACCUGGCGACGGAAUGGUGGUCCUCGGUGGUGGUGUUCAGGGAGCAGGUCUUCCCGGUAGACGCCCUCCACCAUGAACCAGGCCCUUCGCUGCCCGGGGACAGUGCCUUCAGGUUAGUUUCUGCAGAAACGCUACGCGAAAUCUUGCAAGACAAAGAGCUGAGUAAGGAACAGCUAGGAGCAUUUCUUGAGAACUUACUGAAAACUUCUGGGAAACUACGGGAGAACCUUCUUCACGGUGCCUUGCAGCACUAUGUUAAUUACCUGGAUCUGAUAAACAGGAGGCUACCUUUUGGCCUUGCUCAGAUUGGAGUGUGUUUUCAUCCUGUUUCUGAUACUAAGCAGACACCUGAUGGUGUUAAAAGAAUUGGUGAAAAGACUGAAGCUUCACUGGUAUGGUUUACUUCAGCAAGAACUGCGAGCCAGUGGCUUGAUUUCUGGUUACGUCAUCGACUCCUGUGGUGGAGAAAGUUUGCUGUGAGUCCAUCUAACUUCAGCAGCAGUGAUUGUCAGGAUGAAGCGGGCCAAAAAGGAAACAAACUUUACUACAAUUUUCCGUGGGGAAAGGAGCCAAUAGAAACCCUGUGGAAUCUAGGAGAUCAUGAACUUUUACACAUGUAUCCUGAAAAUGUAGCUCAAUUACACGGCAGAGAUGGACGGAAAAAUGUGGUUCCUUCCGUUUUAUCCAUAAAUGGAGAUCUAGACCGAGGCAUGCUGGCAUAUCUCUAUGAUUCUUUCCAGCUAACAGAGAACUCCUUUACAAGAAGGAAAGAUCUUCAUAGAAAGGUGCUUAAACUUCACCCUUGUUUAGCCCCUAUUAAGGUUGCUUUGGAUGUGGGAAGAGGCCCAACAGUGGAACUAAGACAGGUUUGUCAAGGGCUAUUUAAUGAAUUAUUAGAAAAUGGAAUAUCUGUGUGGCCUGGUUAUUUGGAAACUGUGCCAUCCUCAUUGGAACAACUUUAUUCAAAGUAUGAUGAAAUGAGUAUCCUCUUCACAGUGUUGAUUACUGAAGCUACUUUGGAGAACGGAUUAAUACAUCUGAGAAGUAGAGACACCACAAUGAAGGAAAUGAUGCAUAUAUCCAAAGGGCCUCAGCCUUCACAGGAAGAUUGUAUUCCUGGUCUCAGAUCAGCUGACUGCACUAACUGGCAACAUGGAAUGUCUGUACAGCAGUUGAGACGGUUCCAGUGGGGUCAAGCGCCAGUUGCCCACAGCAGUGCCCAGCUCAACCUUAUACCUCGUUCUGGCUUUUCCUCCAGUCCCUCACGCCUGUUCUCUAGUGUCCCUUCUGUUCCACACAAGGCCUUUUCUCAGGCUCUGCUUUCCAGGCUAGCGCAGGAUAAGACUAUCAGAAGACCCUAGAAAGCAGCCCUGGGAAACGGAAUUCCUCCCAGGAUGGAUGGCAAUAAGGACUCUGUUGCUGGUGGUAAGGGGAGUGGAGAUAAUCCUUACAUGCCAUAGCUUCACAAUUACUAAGACUUUCCCCUGCAGUGGGGAAGGAAGCAGAGGUAGAUAAUGAAGCACUAGGUUAUGCAAUAGUUCUAGCAUUUGAAAGGCAUGAGGCAAUAGUAAUUAUAUGGAUUGUGGAGUUGGUUGGCUUCUACUAACUGCUUUAGAAGCUUUGCAAGAGAAAAUGAGAGGCUGUCAAUUCAGGGCAUGCUGUGAAACCCAGGGACAUUCUGGACUUCGAGACCUCAGAAGGUCUUAAUAGGGGACUUCCCUGGUGG